GGGGCUGUCGUGCAAGUGCGAGGGAGCGAGUGAGAGGCACGAGCAGGGGUGAAACACCCACACCAUCUUCCCUCAUUCAUCUCGUACUAUUUUCCCGGAGAUGCGCGCAGGGGGUUGAUCGAUUAGUCUUAUUGAUUUGUCGCGAUGCAGAAGGGUUGUCUCGACGGCGCCCGCGUCUUUUUGUGCCCCGAGGGAGUCGGCGGAAAACGUCGCGCCUUGUUCGCGGCCGCAGUAGCGCGGCUGGGCGGCCGACUCGCACCACACCCUCGGGGGGCCACCCACCUGGUGCUCGAGGGGCCUCCGGGGCCCGACGGACCCCGUCCGGACGGCCCGGACACCUUCGUCGUCUCCAACCGCUGGCUCAGCGAGUGCAUUAAGCAGGAGCAAAAGGUUGACGAGCGCGAGUUUCAGUUCGCGAGCAGGCUGAGCAAGAGGGCCGCCCCGCAAACAAUGCCGUCGGACGCCGCGGACGCCAAGGUGUCCCGACCGGACAGUGUGGACGAGGAGGUGGCCCAAGAAGACAGUGCGCCGAACUCGGUGGUGAUCAGAGAGCUGAAGAGACUUGCCACUGCUUACCGAAACUCCGGGGAUCAGUGGCGCAAUUUCGCGUACACAAAAGCAAUCAGUGCUAUCGAGUGCCACAAGAAGCCAAUCAGGUCGUAUGAGGAGGCCCUGGCCCUUCCAGGCCUUGGCGAGAAGAUGGCCUCUAAGGUUUGGGAGCUGCUGCAGACGGGACAACUGAAGAAGACUGAAGAGCUAUGCCAGACUGAGGAGGCACGCGUGCUGGCUCUCUUCAACAAAGUCUGGGGCGUUGGACCCACGACGGCACAGAAUUGGUUUGCCCAAGGCUUUCGCACGCUUCAGGAUCUGCAAAACAAGGCCAGCUUAUCCCGACAGCAGUUGAUUGGACUCAGAUACUUUGAGGAGAUCAACACCAAGAUUCCCCGUGAAGAAGUAGAGGCUGUGACAGAGACAAUUCGAGUGGCAGCAACAAAACUGGAACCAGACGUGUGGCUUGAGACAUGCGGCUCCUUUCGUCGCGGCAAGCAGCUGUGUGGCGACAUUGACGUUGUCAUGAGCCUUCCAAUUGAAUCAGAAGGCUUCCUGCAGAGGCUGCUGGCCUCGCUGAAGGACUGCAACUUCAUCGUUGAAGACCUGAGUGGCUCCUCAGAUCGGUCUCACAAGUUUCUCGGCAUCUGCCAGCCUGCUGCUGGCGUUCAUCGAAGACUAGACCUGUUUGUUGUUCCCUGGAAGGAAAGGGCCUGCGCCCUGGUGCACUACACAGGCUCAGGCCACUUCAACAGGUCUCUCCGAAGGAUGGCCAUCAAGAAGAACAUGGUGCUGAGCGAACACUCACUAGUGGCUGCCGAUGGCUCUCUCGUUCCCACCGAUAGUGAAAAUGACGUUUUCAACGCGCUCGGAGUUAAAUUCAGAGCGCCUAUAGACCGAGAGCAUGCUCUGGAAGUUGUCGAGAAUAUUUCUUAAUAAAUUUUUAGUACAAAUUCUACUAUUUUAAU